CAACAAACAAUAGAACACCUAAACACACACACAAUCAUACACACAUACACACACAUACACAUACACAUAGCUACAUCCCUACACACACACACAGACAUCCAUCCAUCUUACCAUUGCAUGGAAGCUCAAAGUUAAGCUACCUAAUGACAUGACAUGAAUGACCACACCAUAAUCAAUAAAAAUUUGGAAGACCAUCUUACCAUGCGGCAGCUCAGAUGAGCUCUACCAACUUUGCCCAGGCCCAGCAGCGCUUGGCUGCGCGUCGGCAGGCACGCGAACAAGAAUUUCAAACGCGACUCGAUGCUACCCGUCAAGCAUCGCGAGCAUGGUCCGAAGUUACGCGUUUACCCUAUCCUUUGAAUCGAUUAGGGGUCUCCUCAUUAUCUGCAUGGGAAGUUAUCUCCUCGCGUGAAGGUACGCGGCCUGCCUUCCGAGUUGGCCAGGUUGAUGCCGAGCUACUAGAUGAAGACCUCGUAGGACAACUACGCGAGCAGGUGGGCGAAGCGCUUAAAUACUUUGGAGGAACUGUAAAAGAUGACUGGUCCGCCGAGAUUCUUCUCGCACUUCGUGCAAUACUCUUCAAACUUACGGUGUGGGAUCAUGAUGCAACUUAUGGUGCUGCUUUGCAAAAUCUAAAAUAUACUGACGCAAGACGCGAUGGGCCAAUUUUAACUCCGCCUACCAAAUUGCAAAAGACCCUCUACGGCCUUAUCACCGUAGCAGGCAAAUACAGUUGGACCAAAUGGGAAAACUGGUUAUUAGAUCAGGAUAAUGGUUACGACCAACCCUCACCGACCGUACAACGACUCUCCAAACUGACCUCAAAAAUCACCACCCUCCAUUCGAUGGCCGCCUUUGUCUCUUUUCUUGCAUUCCUGUUACACGGAAGAUACCGAACAAUACUCGACAGAUUGCUAAAGAUGCGUCUUGCUCCACCCACUAGUCAAGUCAGCCGCGAAGUUUCUUUCGAGUACCUUAAUCGACAACUAGUGUGGCAUGCAUUUACCGAGUUCCUGCUCUUCGUACUACCCCUGGUAGGUAUCAACCGAUGGCGCAGAUGGCUCAGUCGUACUUGGCGGAAAACAAAAGACAUUAUACACGUCGGUGCUGCUGAGAAUGAUGAAGGCAGCAAGCAAGGAGAUUACGCGUUUCUACCUGAACGAACAUGUGCAAUUUGCUACCAGGAUCAGAAUUCAGCUACCUCAGAGACGGAAGUUUUAGCUGCGGCUACCUCGAGCGGAGUGGUAGGCUCUGCUCAAACCGAUAUAACGAACCCAUACGAGACGAUUCCAUGCGGCUGCAUAUACUGUUUUGUGUGCCUUGCUACCAGGCUGGAGCGUGAAGAAGGGGAAGGCUGGACUUGCUUACGAUGUGGGGAACUUGUAAAAGAAUGCAAACCAUGGAAUGGCGAUGUUCUAGAAGAACAAACCAAGCCUCCAGCUACGAAACGUGUUGGAUUUAUCGACGAACUGGAUCCAACGGAAGAUCCCCCGCGGGAUAGCAAGGAUACUUCUCAUCCUUUAGAAAACACGACUCGAGACGAUCAGUAUAAGAUGGAAACAGGAGAUACCCCUGAAGACGAUGAUUCCGAGGCGUAUGAAGAAGAGGAGGCUGGGGUAGAGGAAGGAUUCGAUGACUAAUCACUGGCUUGCUAACGGCCCGGAGUGGAUGUGUCACUAAUCUCUACCAAAAUAUAUGGAGGAUACGAUUUGGAAUCGUCAGGAAAAUACUUAGUCACCAAACCCCCAUGUUAAUACCUUUAAUUACGUACAGUUAUAUAGACUGUUAAUGCAAUACACGCAAUAAUGAGUAGAUUUGUUCCUCAACCAGUACUGGC